CAGAAGGCCGUCUGUUUCUUCUUAGAGCAGUACAGCCUCGUCUUCAUCAUGUCUGGUCGUGGCAAGGGCGGGAAAGGUCUCGGUAAAGGCGGCGCUAAGCGCCACCGCAAGGUUCUCCGCGACAACAUCCAGGGCAUCACCAAGCCCGCCAUCCGCCGCCUGGCCCGGCGCGGAGGAGUGAAGCGCAUCUCCGGCCUCAUCUACGAGGAGACNCGCGGUGUGNUGAAGGUGUUCCUGGAGAACGUGAUCCGCGACGCCGUCACCUACACGGAGCACGCCAAGCGCAAGACCGUCACCGCCAUGGACGUGGUCUACGCGCUCAAGCGCCAGGGCCGCACCCUCUACGGCUUCGGCGGCUAAGCUCACCUAGAGCCUCUUUCUCAACUAAAGGCCCUUUUCAGGGCCAUCCAAU